AUGUCUCUGGCAUCCCUGUCCGAUCCUACAGUAGACGAUCCUGUCGUCACACGCGAGAAGCUGCACGACCUCGCCCGUCGCAACGGCUUCCAGGUCGCACCGCAGCACGAGGCCGCGUACCUGCUCGGAUUGCGGUCGUCGUAUGCCAUCGCCACGCAGAUCGACGCUCUGCCCGACUACAUUGAUCCACGCCUGCGUAUUGUGCCAACGCGGAACGAAAACGACUCGGCGACCGCGGCGUCGCCGAGAAAGUACAGCCGCCCCGACCCGGCCGACAACCCGCUCAAUGCCUGGUGCCACCAGUGCGACGUGACGGCCGUCGUCGAGCCGGCGUCGUCGGCUUCGGCGACGUCAUCAGAGUCGUCACAGACCUCUCUCCUCAAAGGGAGGUCCGUCGUCGUCAAGGACACCGUGGCGGUUGGGGGGCUGCCGCAGACGCUGGGCACCCUUCCCGAGUUUAUUGGCUCGUCCGGCAACGAGUAUCCCGUGUCUCCCAUCGACGCCACGGUCGUGCGCCGUCUGCUGCUGGCCGGCGCCCGCCUCAAAGGCACCACGACGUGCGAGCACUUCUCGCUGUCGCCCAUGUCGUUCUCGUCCAUCUGGGGCCCGGUGCACAACCCAUGGCAGCGGGGGUACAACAGCGGGGGCAGCAGCAGCGGGUCAGCGGCGCUGGUGGGAGAGCAGGUCCGAGCGGCGGCCACCAAGGCCGUGUCCGCCACCCUGGAGGCUCCUCUGAUUGCCAUUGGCGGCGACCAGGCCGGAUCCAUCCGCGUGCCGGCGGCCUACUGCGGCAUUUACGGCCUCAAACCGACGUUUGGCCUCGUGCCAUACACGGGCGUUGCAGGGCUGCUGCCGAUGAUCGACCACGUGGGCCCGCUGGCGACCAGCCUGGACGACAUUGCCCUCUGUCUGACUGUGCUCGCCGGCUACGACGGACUCGACCCGCGCAUGGGGCCGGAGAGUCCUCUGCGGGAACACGUGGUGGCGUACCACGAGGAGUUGCAGAGAUUUACAGAGGCAGCCACGGCGGAGCGUGCUAGUCCUCUCCGGGUCGGCCUGAUUACGGAAUCGUUUAGCAUCCCCGGCACCGACAGCAACAAUGCCGCGUGUGUCCGCGCCGCGGCCUACAAUCAUUUUGGGGCAAUGGGUGCCGUCGUCGAAGACGUCUCGGUGCCGCUCCACAGUCUCGGCGCGGCCAUCUGGACCGCCGCCGUGCGCAACCAGAUGGCCUCGCACGCGUUUGGCGGACGGGCACCGGACAUACUGGCACACGACCUGCCGCACAUUGCACCGGACGUGCGCGUCCACCACAAAAGUCAGCAGUUUUACGACGUCGUCACCGCCCACAACCCGUCUGUCGUUCUGGCCACCAUGGUCGAGAUGUUGCUGGGCGAGGAGCUGCCGUAUGCGGCGCAGAACAAGGCUCGACGGCAUGUCCUGCAGCUGCGCGCCGCGUACGACGCAGCGCUCGCAGACUACGACGUGCUGGUGUCGCCGACGGCGCCGGCCGUGGCACCGCCUCUGCCGGACAUGACCGACCGCGACACGGACGGACGCUCGUCGGCGGAACGCCUGCUUCGACUCGCCGCCGGGUCCAUCAACAACACAGCGCCGUUCAACGCGACGGGCCACCCAGCGAUCAGUGUGCCGUGUGGAUGGGCGCCGUCGCUCGACAGGCAGUGCAUGCUGCCUGUCGGGAUGCAGAUCGCUGGGAAACGCUUUGACGACCUCGGCGUGUUGAAAGCGGCGCGGGUUUUCGAACUUGGCGGAGGCGGGCUGGGACAGAGGCCGUCGCCUCCGACGUGA